AUGCGCCACUCACCACCACCAAGAAGCACGUCCACGUCGCCAGUCGCCACCUCCGGUCUCCCUCUUCUCUGCUCGUCCCUCCAUCCCUCCAGGGUCCAGGUAUGUAUUUAUUGCGAGAAGCCUAUUAGGGAUGGAGGAAUUAACCGGGUUAAGCAUCAUUUGGCUGGAAAAGGCGGAGAUAUUGAGGCAUGUCGAAAGGUGCCAGCUGUGGUGAGACACCAAUUCAAUCAAAACAUUGAAGAUCUUCGAACCAAGAAAAGGAAAACUCAAGAAGAAUAUGCAGAAAGUUAUGGUGCUUGUGAUGACGUUGAAAGUGAAUUUGAUGAGAUUGAACGUAAUGAGAUGCGACAACAACAAGCAUCAAGAAUUCCAGCACCUAGCUCUAGAAAGGGAGUUGGAAAACAACUCAAGGGAUUACAAUCCUUUUUUCCACCUGCAGCAACACCUGGAGCUCAACCAAGUAUUAAAAGUGUUCUCCAAAGCAAAGAAAUUGUGGAGAAGUGUGAUAUUGCUAUUACAAGAUGGAUGAUGGAUGCUUUUGUGCCAUUCAAUGCGGUUAAUUCAGCUUAUUAUCAGCCGAUGAUCGAUGCUAUUGCAAACAUGGGUGCAGGGUAUAAAGGGCCAAAUUACCAAAGAGUUCGUGGAUAUUUGUUGAGUAAAUUGGUUGAAGAUGUAAAGAAGAUGAUUGAAGGUUAUCGUGUGAUUUGGAAACAAAUUGGAUGUACUAUCAUGGCUGAUGGAUGGACUGAUCGUUGUAGGCGUACUUUAAUUAAUUUCUUGGUUUAUUGCCCUAAAGGAACUAUUUUCCUAAAGUCAGUUGAUGCUUCUCAUAUCUCGAAAACUGCUGAGGCUUUGUUUAAGUUGCUUAGGGAUGUUGUGUUAUUUGUUGGUCCUGAAAAUGUUGUACAUGUAGUGACGGAUAAUGCUGCAAAUUACGUUGCUGCUGAAAGGUUGUUGGAAUCGGAGUUUCCUAGAUUGUAUUGGUCUCCUUGUGUGGCACAUUGUAUUAAUCUGAUGUUGCAGGAUAUUGGGAAGUUCGUGGAAGUGACUGAAACUGUGUCACAAGCUUCAAUGAUUACGAAGUAUAUCUAUAAUCACUGCCAUCCGUUGUACUUGAUGAGACAAUUCACAAGCGGCCGAAAAAUACUUCGUCCAGCUCCAACUCGAUUCGCCACUAAUUUCAUUGCUUUGCAAAGUAUUUUGGCUCAAAAGGAUGGAUUGAGAGCUAUGGUGACAUCUAGAGAAUGGACAAGUUCAACUUACUCUAAAGAAGCCAAAGCUAAAAAGUUUGUGGAUCAAGUCUUAGAUUCUAAAUUUUGGAAUCAAUGCACUGAUAUUGUUAAGCUUACGGAGUCACUUGUUCAUGUAUUGCGUAUUGUGGAUAGUGAAGAUAGAGCUGCAAUGGGUUUCCUUUAUCAAGCUAUGUAUAAGGCUAGGGAAGAUAUGGUAAAGAGGUUUCAAAAAAGAAAGAGGGUUGUUGAACCUUAA